AUGUCACCGCUUGGUGAAUACUUGGAAGGACAUGGCGAGGCUUUUCCAGACUUCCAGACAACCGAAGAUGAUUCGAAAGAAUCCUUAAACAAGCCAUCAUUUGCCCCCAGUUGGCCUCUUCUACCUGCACACUUCCCGAUGCAGAAGUUCUUAUCGACAUCAUUGAUACUACCUCGUCGACGCUCCAAAACAGAGAAAGCGCUGCAGAACAUCUGCUCCGCAGCUAUUGGCGUACCAACCUCGGCAAGCAAGCAUUUCCUGGAACAAUUUCGGUAUCCUAUAGUCGCAUCAUCAUUGUUGGCCCACGAAGCGAAAAUUCCUGUUGAUACGGCUGCAUCCAACCUAGUCGAACCUCAGGAAGCAUUGCAAUACAGCAUGAACAAAUCAGUUAGCUUGCAAGGUGCUGCGGUUACUAUUUGGAUAUCUUUUCUCACUGUUUGGAUGCUUCAUUGGGUAGAAACACAAUCAUCUACUUCCACCAGAUAUUGGUUUAAAUUUUGCGUCUUGUCUGUGCUCAUGCUUGGUUUGGCAAUUGGAAUAUUUCGACACGCCCGCAGAAGUAUUUCGUUACAAAUCAGACAUGACCCGAUGCAGGCACUUUUGGAUCUGGUCACAAAUUGCCAUGCUUUGGACCAAGUUAUGCGUUCUGCUUUGAGCCUAAUUCAGGAGGCUGAAAUUGUCUCCAGAGGAUAUGAGAUCAGCAAUUCGCCACCACCUAUCAGCCGUAUUGACCCGAGGGGAUCAGACCGCCGCUGUCUCAUUGUUCGACGUGGACUUGCUUGUGUCAUUUGUUCAACGAUUCAGCGCUACCUCGAAGCCCACAGUGCAAUAGUCCCCUUCAUUGACCGGACUGACAUGCAACGAUAUCACGACCUUUAUGAGCUCGCGCCGCAAGACUACCAAGAUAUGAUGCAAGGUCGGCCUACAGAUUUCGAAGAGGACCCUAAGUCCUUAAGAGGUCUGAAGUUGGCACUCGAGCGGGUCUUCAUUGCAAGACAAAUUCUCUUGUGUGACCUUCUGGCAUUGCCCCCAGAGUCACCUAUCGCCGAAUGUGAACGAUGGUCGGUGAUCUCCAGUGAAAUACGAGAUCUCUCGGGCUUUAUCGAUCGAACUGCUACAUUUAUUGAAAACCUGAUUACUGAUGAGGCCAAUCGGAUCCGAGCUGAUCAGUUGAGAGCACGAUUCCGAGACAUCGCUCAGCCUGGUGAAGGCCUGGCAUCUGACAUGAAUCCACCAACGACACCGGGCAAGCAGAAGACUCAAGCACAGCUUCGUCGGCUCAACGAAAUAUCGGAGAGUAUUCAAAACUUGUACACCAGGAUGCUCGUAGUGCAGAACGAAGCGCAUGACCUUGCUAGCAAUACAGAAACGAGCGCGGAUAUUACUUCUGUGCUCGCUAACCAGUAUGAUCUCCUUGGACGUGAGCUACGAAGCCUGAUGUCGGAGUGGGAGCAUGGCAGAAACACCAUGCGCCUUUGUGUCAAUGCAGCGGAUCGUUCGUCUCUGUCUAGGUCUUCUAGUGGUUUCACAACCCCCCAUUCCCCAAUUGGGAGCUUAGGAGGAAGUACUGCUAUUACCGAAGGCAGUCCUGCUGAGGCAUUGAAGCGGCUUACUAGUCAAGGCUUACAAGGGCAAGUCAGCGAUGGAUUAGGGUCUGAUGAGGAAGUCUUUGAAGCUAUCUCGCUUUCUCCCAACUCAAAACGUUUGUCCAUGACUCGAGAGGAAAAGUUAGCCCGAAUGCAAGAAGACCGGCGAAAACGAGCAACACUUCAGGAAAGCAGAGCUACGACCACGAAUAUGCUGCGGGAGCUUGAGACUGUCAUGAAGCAUCGUCCGCGAGGGAGAACUACUUCGCGUAUCACCAGUGUGUGA